AUGGCGCUUAAUUCGCAGAUUUUGAAAGUAAUCGUUAGAGAGGGUUUCCCUUCUUCGGUAGUAGAUGGUCAUGGAAGCGAUGCUUAAAAAAUGACAGAGAGAGUAAAGGGGAGGUCCGUCACUGUGGUGCUCGGGCAAUUGCCAAAGUUAGAAAUGCAUGCAGAGAGUACUUCAAGACAAACAUUUAUUCAGCAGAUGCUGAUGUCUGGUUUACUGCUAAAGAGGCAGUUAUUUAGAUAGCCAUCGAGUAUUCCUUGUAAGAAAGUUUUGUUCAUCCCUUCAAUAAUUCAUUGCAAGCCAGUUCGGUGAGCGAUAGACUUGUUUAUCACAAUUAUAUACCACAGCGAAAACCAUGCUAUAUAAGCAAACUUUCGGUAUGAUUGUAUGAUUCUCUUUGGAACCAGUGGACAUUCUACGCUGUUAGCGUACAUAGCAAUUCAAUUUUUUUAUUAUGACAAGCUUUGAUUCUAAAACGUGGUGCAGCGACCAUUGGCUGAAGCAGAAGACAAUUGACGAGCUAGGGAAAAGCAAUCUGGAUUCCCAAGAAAACUUGAAGUUAGUCCACGCGGACGACAUUGCCACCUUGGACUCACCCUUGGACAGAAGAAACUCGUGCUACAAGCCUUGGCAGAUGACUGAAUGGUUCGGAAAAAUCCCUAACGCGGGCGACACAAAACCAAUUGAAACAACGCCUGUCACUACCAAGACAUUGGCGAGCGAUGGCGGUUUAGAAGAGCCACUGACAAAAAUCGGAGGAGUUUCAUUAGACGACCUGCUUGUCAUGCUCAGAGCCACAGAACAGCCAUUGUCUGUGCCCCUCGAGAGGGUUGACAACAACCCACAGGUGUUUCUUGGCGUACAGGACAAGAAGGGGGGUGACUGCUUUCUUUGUAAGCACUGA